AUGGUGCUGCAGAAGAAGCGCAAGUAUGGUCGAGACCAGCCAGAUGACCGAGAGGAGGAGGCGAAGAAAGCAGCAGAGGAUGAGCUACUCAAGGACGCGACAACGCUUUACGUUGGAAAUCUCUCAUUCUACACCACCGAAGAACAGAUUCAUGAGCUCUUCUCCAAGUGCGGCGAAAUCAAACGGUUGGUUAUGGGUCUGGAUCGCUUUCAAAAGACACCCUGCGGCUUCUGCUUCGUCGAGUACUAUACGCAUCAAGAUGCGCUUGAUUGCAUGAAAUAUAUCGGUGGUACAAAGCUGGACGAACGUGUCAUCAGAACUGACCUUGACGCUGGAUUCCAAGAGGGAAGACAAUACGGUCGGGGCAGAUCAGGUGGACAGGUCCGCGAUGAAUACCGAGAUGAAUUCGACCCUGGACGUGGAGGUUAUGGUCGAGCUGUCGACGCCGAAAGAAAGAAGGAGGAGGACGAAUAUGGUGCUGGAAGAUGA